AUGCCCAUCAGACCAGAGCUGGAAAGUGGAGGGGAUUUGCGUGAGAUGGAGGAGUUCUAUCAGACCGGCUGUGGGAGGCUGGGAGCUCAGAUGGAAUUGACUUUCCCCAACGACUACGCAGCUGGCGGUCACAAGUUGAGACAGGCUCCGAGUGGUGCCGAGGCUGAUACGUCGAGUGGCCGCUCGUUGAUCUGGGAUAGCCAGACAAACGCAAGACCUGCUCCAGAGGAUCGGGAAAAAGGGGGUCCAAUGGUGAGGAUUAGACACACUCCCAAAGUCAGGAGUGGAGGGAUUCGGGACGUUGGAAGUGAGGGCUCGGCGUUGAACAGGAAUACAAUCGUGCCGGGCGUUGAACUUCUUGAGAUGACAAGGCUGAACGAAGAAUUGGUAGCUUUACGGACUCUCUUUUGCUAUGCAUUGCUGCUUAACCCUUAG